AUGAAAGGCUUCCUGAGCCUUUCCCUGCUGCCGCUGCUGACGGCAGCCUCGCCCGUUGCCGUCGACUCCAUCCAUAACGGAGCUGCCCCUAUCCUUUCCUCGAGCAAUGCGAAGGAAGUCCCCGACUCCUACAUUGUCGUCUUCAAGAAGCAUGUCGAUGCUGCUUCGGCUUCGGCUCAUCACAGCUGGGUGCAGGACAUCCACGAGUCUCAAGUCGAGCGGAUUGACCUGAAGAAGCGGUCGCUCUUUGGCUUCGACGACCUCUACCUUGGUCUCAAGAACACAUUUGACAUUGCUGGAUCCCUGGUCGGCUACUCUGGCCACUUCCACGAGGAUGUUAUCGAGCAGGUUCGGAGACAUCCCGACGUCGAGUACAUCGAGAAAGACUCCGAAGUCUUCACCAUGGCUGAGGAAGAACCCGAGGUUGAGAAGAACGCCCCCUGGGGUCUGGCUCGUAUCUCUCACCGUGAUUCUCUCUCCUUCGGCACGUUCAACAAAUACUUGUAUGCGUCGGAGGGCGGUGAGGGUGUCGAUGCCUACACAAUUGACACUGGUAUCAACGUUGACCACGUUGACUUUGAGGGCCGGGCUACUUGGGGCAAGACCAUCCCUACCAACGACGAAGACGCCGAUGGUAACGGUCACGGCACCCACUGCUCGGGAACCAUCGCCGGCAAGAAGUAUGGCGUUGCCAAGAAGGCCAACCUCUAUGCUGUCAAGGUCUUGAGAUCCAGCGGGUCUGGUACCAUGUCCGAUGUUGUUCAGGGUGUCGAGUGGGCUGUUCAGUCCCAUCUCAAGCGGGCUAAGGAUGCCAAGGACGGCAAGGCCAAGGGCUUCAAGGGCAGCGUUGCCAACAUGAGUCUCGGUGGUGGCAAGUCGAAGACCCUCGAGGAUGCCGUCAACGCUGGUGUUGAGGCUGGUCUGCACUUCGCCGUUGCCGCUGGCAAUGACAACGCUGAUGCCUGCAACUACUCCCCGGCUGCCGCCGAGAAUGCCGUGACCGUUGCCGCCUCGACCCUUCAGGACGAGCGUGCCUACUUCUCCAACUACGGAAAGUGCACUGACAUCUUUGCUCCUGGCCUCAACAUUCUCUCCACCUGGAUUGGCAGCAAGCACGCCGUCAACACCAUCUCCGGCACUUCGAUGGCCUCGCCCCACAUUGCCGGUCUUCUGGCGUACUUCGUCUCUCUUCAGCCCUCCAAGGACUCUGCCUUCGCUGUUGACGAGCUCACUCCUGCCAAGCUCAAGAAGGACAUCAUCUCUAUCGCCACCGAGGGCACUCUCACCGAUGUUCCUUCGGAUACCCCCAACCUCCUUGCCUGGAACGGUGGUGGCUCUGCCAACUACUCCCAGAUUGUUGCCGACGGUGGCCACAAGGUGUCGAGCGUCAAGGACCGCUUCGAUGGACUGGUCGACAAGGCCGAGAAGCUUCUCACCGAAGAGCUUGGUGCUAUCUACAGUGAGAUCCAGGAUGCAGUUGUUGCUUAG